AUGUCUCACACCCACGGCCCCGCCCCCAACGCUACCUUCCCCGCCAUCAUCUGGCAUCCCUCUUUCGCCCCGGGCCAGCAAGGCCAAGGCGGUAAGAGCAAUGGCGCCGGCCAAGUCGACUCUUCCAACGUCCUCAGGCCUUGGGCUCCUGCCGGGGAUGGUACCCAAGGCGCUACCAAAGACGUCUCCUCCCUCUCCCUCUCCAAUAACCAACAGAACCCCCCUGCGUAUUACGUCGCUUACCCCGAACUCACCUGCCUCCACUGCCUCGGCGCCAACCCCCCCGGCAAGCUCGGCUACGUCGUAUCUUACGUCCCCGCCGACGCCCAAGGCAACCCGCUCCCUCCCAAUUCGUCUUCUUCCUCCACCAAGGGUACGACGCAGGCACUGCCAAAUGGUAGUGGCUCCAACGUCAACUUUCCGUCUACCACCUCGGCGUUGGGAGAUGACCGCCGUGGACGUGGACGUGGGGCGGACCAAGGGCAAGAGCGCAGGCAGAGGUCGACCAGUGCGUUUAGGGCUGGAGAGAUCUUGGGAGGGAAAAGUUAUGUGCCGGAUGAGGGAGAGGAGGACCAGGUUGGUGACAUUGAGUAA